AUGAUCAAGGAUGCCAAGAAGCCAGCAAAAUUGAGCGGAUCAAGCGUGUGUCAGGGUUGUCUAGAAGGAAAAAUGGUUCAACGACCGUUCCCGAGCAAUCCAAACAAGCGCCACUGCGAUCCGUUUGAGCUUCUACACAUCGACACUUGUGGUCCAAUGGAAGUCGACUCGCUAGGUGGAAGCAAGUACUUGCUACUGAUCGUCGAUGAAGGCAGCGGAUGUAUGAAGGGUUUCAGUCUGCGUGCCAAGUCCGACAGCGAAGAGUGCAUCAAGAAGUACAUCAUGGCAGUACAGACGCAGUUUGACUACAAGGUCAAGUUCGUUCGACACGAUGGUGCACGAGAAUUUGCGGCGAAUUCGCUCAAGGCAUUUUACGAUGAUCAAGGAAUCGAGCAGCAAGUUACCGUUCCGUAUGCGCAUCAGACCAACGGCACGGCGGAACGGGCAAUUCGGACCAUUGUGACGAUCAGGCGCAGCAUGCUUCACUACGCCAAGCUGAACAAGUGUUUCUGGGGUGAAGCGGCAAUGGCUGCGAUUUACAUCAAGAAUCGCCUACCGUCACCCAAGUGCCAAGAUCGAACCCCAUUCGAGAUCGUCAACGGAUUCCGACCAAGUGUGAAGCACAUGCGGGUUUUCGGCUGCCGAACGUUUGUGCUGACCCCUAAGGAAAAGAGAGAUCGAAAUGGGAUCCGAAGGCUCGUGAAGGACUAUUCAUGGGAUAUGAAGAAGUGUCAAAGGCAUAUCGAGUUUACGACAUUGAAGCGGACCAAGUGGUGA